AUGAGUUUCCCAAGUCCGACUACCAUAUUCCAUAACAAUCCCUCUCCAUUCAUUGAUCCAACGCAACAGCAUCUUUCUGCAGCAGGCAGAAUCGUCUUAGUUACUGGCGGAGGCACAACUAUCGGUAAAGCUAUAGUUGAGGCAUUUGCCAAAGCAAAAGCCGACCAUAUCUUCUUAGUUGGAAGAAGACUCAACCUUCUUAUAGUGGUAGAACAAAAGCUCUCAAAACUUUACCCUCAGACAAAGUUCCAUGCCAUUCAAACAGACAUCGCUAAGGAGGACGAAGUUAAAGGCCUCUUCCAAGAGAUCAAUAAUGUCGGUUUCCUGGACAUCUUAGUGGCUAAUGCCGGGUACUUGCCAGAGCCGGGCAAAAGUGCUGCUACAGAAACAAGCGACUGGUGGAAAGGUUAUGAGAUCAAUGUCCUGGGAACUUAUCUCCUCGCAAAAUACUUCAUCAACCAGUCUCAGGUACCAAGAGGCAAGCCUGUAUUUAUCGGCGUGAACACUAGUGCGAACCAUUUGGGUCCGGCUGCAGGCCCCACGAGCGGGUAUCUGACAUCCAAGAUUGCGGCAGCCUCGGUGGUGGAGUUCUUUCAGGCCGAAUAUCCCGACAUCAGAGCCUUUAAUGUUGCCCCUGGAUUGGUAUCGAGCGACAUGAGCGCCAAGUCCAACGUAGAAGGAUAUGCAUUUGAUGAUUCACCAAGUUUGAUGGCCAAUUUUGCCGUCUGGCUUGCUGGCCCUGAUUCAGAUUUCCUCAAGGGACGUUUUGUGUGGGCCAACUGGGAUGUGGAAGAGUUGAUUGCCGCCAAAGAUAAGAUCGCGGCUAAUCCAGAGCAAUUACAUGUAACUGUUGGAGGUUGGCAGGAGGGCUAUGCAAAAUUGAAGUAA